AAAUUAGAACUACAUAGAAUAGGUUAUAUUGUACAAGCUUGUACAACACAUAUUAAAAUCAUCGAAAGCAAAAAAGUAAGCUUAUAAAAUAUUGUGAAAACAUAUAUGAUAUACGUAUUAUUACUGAUAAUAAUAUUUCAAUAAUAUAAUUUCAGUAAUAAAUAAUUCAGAUAAAAUUCAUACGAGAAUUUUCAAUGGUGAAAAAUGCAUGUUUUGCUUAAGCGGUUUUUGGCCCCAUUUACAUCUAAUAUUCGAUGUAUUCGUAACAUAAGUUAUAGUGCAAUAAAAUAUGCGUUACCGACAGAUAAUGUAAUGUAUAUUUUUGAUAGAAAUACAAAACUGCUACAGAGGGAACGUGCUGCACAAUCUGUUGAUGUAAAACUGUAUGAUUACAUCAAAGAUGAAGUAGGCUACAGACUUGCAGAUAGAAUAUUUGACAUAAAAAGAAAUUUCAAAAAAGCACUUGAUUUAGGAUGUGGUCGUGGUUAUGUAUCAAAACACAUUUUGGCAGAAUGUGUGGAAGAAUUAAUCUUAGUUGACAUGUCAACUAGCUUUGUACAUCAAGCAGAAAUCACUGAAAAAGUUAAAGUAUCACGGAUAACUAUGGAUGAAGAAAAUUUUUCAGUUGAACCAAAUAGUUUAGAUUUAGUAAUAAGUUCAUUAAGUCUGCACUGGAUAAAUGAUUUACCAGGAUGCUUUAGGAAUAUUAAUAAAAGUUUAAAAAAUGAUGGAGUCUUUAUAGGAGCUUUGUUUGGAGGAGAAACAUUGUUUGAAUUAAGGAGUUCCUUACAAUUGGCAGAAUUAGAAAGAGAUGGUGGAAUUUCAGCACAUAUUUCACCAUUUGCAAAUAUUAGAGAUAUUGGAGGUUUAUUGACAAGAGCUAAUUUUACUAUGUUAACCAUUGAUGUGGAUGAAAUUGUUAUUGGAUAUCCAAGCAUGUUUGAAUUAAUGUGGGAUUUAAAAGGAAUGGCAGAGAAUAAUGCAAUAAAGAACCGAAAAUUACGUUUAAAUAAAGAUACUGUUCUUGCUGCUGCAUCAAUAUAUAAAGAACUAUAUGGAAAAAUUAAAGAAGAUGGUACUCCAUAUAUACCUGCAACAUUUCAAGUAAUUUAUCUAUUAGGUUGGAAGCCAGAUCCAUCACAACCAAAACCCUUAGAAAGAGGUAGUGGGAAAGUAUCACUUAAAAAUUUAUAUAAAUUAGACGAAAUUGUAAAAGAAAUAAAAGAUAUUAAAAUGGACGAAGAUAAAUAAUCGUUGUACAUAGUAUAUGAAGAACUGUAAAUAUUUGUAUUAAAUACAAAAUUCAAUGUAUUUAUU